AUGGUGCGCCUACGAGACAUCCCACGGACGGCCACCUUUGCGUGGUCACCCGGCUCCGGGAAGCCCAUAGUUGUCACUGGAACAAAAGCUGGUGCGGUAGAUGCCGAUUUCUCUGAUGAGAGCAAGCUUGAAAUCUGGGACCUCUCGCUGGACAACCAAGAGCAGGGCAUCGAACUCCAGCCGGUUGUCAGCAUCACUACAGACUCAAGAUUUUACGAUAUUGCUUGGGGACCUGCCGACGCCGACCAUCCCAAGGGUAUCAUUGCGGGUGCUCUUGAGAACGGCACUCUCGAACUCUGGGACGCCGAGAAACUCGAAACUGGAGCCUCCGAUGCGUCCAUCUCCAAGACGACAAAACAUACUGGUGCCAUCAAGGCACUGCAGUUUAAUCCUCUGAAACCCCAAAUUUUGGCUACUGCAGGUGCCAAGGGUGAGCUGUUCAUCUACGACAUUGGCGACAUCGAAAACCCCUUCCGUCUAGGAAACGCAGCAGCUCGAUCUGACGACAUCGACUGUCUGGCCUGGAACCGCAAGGUCUCGCACAUUCUCGCUACUGGCGGCCCAGGUGGCUUUGUGACAGUGUGGGAUUUGAAGACGAAGAAGGCAUCCUUGACCUUGAAUAACAACCGCAAGGCCGUGAGCGCCAUUGCCUGGGAUCCAAAUAAUUCAACAAAGCUCCUCACGGCAACUCCUGACGAUAAUACUCCCGUUAUCUUCCUGUGGGAUCUGCGAAACUCCAACGCUCCAGAGAAGACUCUUCAGGGACAUGAGCAAGGUAUUCUGUCGCUGUCGUGGUGCCAGCAGGAUCCCGAUCUAUUGCUCUCGUCUGGCAAAGACAACAAGACCAUUGUAUGGAACCCACAUACCGCAGAGCGUUAUGGAGAAUUGCCCGAGGUUACCAACUGGACUUUCCAAACUCUUUUCCACCCGCACAACCCCAACCUGUCAGCUACUGCGAGCUUUGACGGCAAAAUCACCAUCCAGACCCUCCAAAACACAAACCCCGAUACGUCGCAGGCAGUCAACGAGAAGCCUUUGGAUGACGAGGAGUUCUUUAGGGCUGCUCAGACCCAACCUCAGGGAGCCUCUUGGUCAUUGAGCAAAGCGCCCAAGUGGUUCGAGCGACCCAUUGGUGCCUCUUUUGGCUUUGGUGGCAAACUCGUCAUUUUCAGGGAAUCUCCAACUCAGGCUGGUCAGAAACGCUCGUCAAAGCUGUCAAUCUCACAGUUUUCUGCGGAUUCAGAUGUUUCAUCUGCUAUUGAGAAAUUCCAAGAGGCUCUUGCCUCUGGUGAUCUGGCCACGCUUUGCGAAGAGAGAAAGGAACAAGCCCAAACUGACGAAGAGAAGGCCGACUGGACAGUUAUAGAGACGCUGGUUGGCGAAAACCCUCGUUCAAAAAUCGUUGAGCAUCUCGGCUUCAAGGAAGAAGAUCUGGCUAACGGAACAACCGAAGCGCCCGAAGGAGAAGAAAAAGACACGGUUACAAAACAGGAGGAAGCCACUGAUGCGGAAGGCAAGCCGAGACGCCUAUCCAACUUCUUUGGAGAAGGCGAGGGUGAGGGAGAUGACUUCCUGUCUGGUCUGGCCGCCAACAAGGGCGCCAAGACUGAUAAUCCUUUCCAUCUCUUCAGUGAUGACGAUUCGUCUGUCGAGAAAGAGAUCACAAAGGCUCUGAUGCUGGGCAAGUUUGCCAAAGCCACUGAUAUCUGCUUGAAAGAAGAUCGCAUAGCAGAUGCCUUCCUCAUUGCCAACUGUGGCGGCCAGGAACUUGUUGAGAAAGUUCAGUCCGCCUAUCUUGCUCGUAAGAGCGGCAUCCCUAGCUACCUGCGUCUCAUCAGCUCGGUUGUCGAUAAAAAUCUAUGGGACGUUGUCUACAACGCAGAUCUUAGCAACUGGAAGGAGACUAUGGCCAUCAUUUGCACAUUCUCUGAUCCUAUUGAAUUCCCAGAUCUUUGCGAGGCCCUCGGUGACCGAAUCAACGAGCACGGCCUGAGAAAGGACGCUUCGUUCUGCUACCUUGUAGGCUCCAAGCUUGAGAAGGUUGUUGCCAUCUGGGUGGAUGAGCUGAAUGAAUCGGAGCAAGCUGGAAUGAAGGAAGAGUCCAACGACUCAACUUUCUCAGUGCACACUAGAUCACUGCAGACCUUCAUCGAGAAGGUUACCGUCUUCCGUCAGGUCGCCAAGUUCCAAGACAAAGAACUGACACAGACGGCCGAUUGGAAGCUGGCCACCCUCUACGACAAGUACACUGAAUACGCAGAGAUCCUGGCUGGCCAAGGCAAAUUGGAGGUUGCUCAGAAGUAUAUUGAUUUGCUGCCAGCCAAUUAUCCAGCUGCCGAGCUAACCAGAAGUCGAGUGAAGCUGGCAACGCAGAAGAAGCCUGCCGUUGCACCAGUCACCGCGGCGCGCAGGACGCCAUCCGUUACUACUGGAGCACAACCAUCAGUGGUAGGCUAUCAACCUCCUCAACCUGCCCCUAUUCCGGCCCCUACGAACCCCUAUAGCGGACUACAGCAAACUUCGCCGGCUAUCUCUACGGCUCAACAGUAUAAGCCUCCAGUCAACCCCUACCAACCUCAGGGCUACCAACCUCAAGGCUACCAGCCUCCGAACCAAUUUUCAUAUACUGGAACGCCCGUCGCCCCGCCGCCAAUCGGUGCUCCCCCACGGAACACAACGCCAUCAGCUCCUCCGCCAUCAAAGGCCAAGAACAUGGAGAACUGGAAUGACGUCCCAGUAGUUACAAAGGUAGCGCCGCGAAGGUCGACUCCUAGCGCAGCACCCAUCACAUCACCCUUCACAGGUCAACAGGGCCAGAUUGCGCCGCCCCCUCCUCAAUCGUCAGCAUCACCUUACGGGCCAGGUGCUAGGGCUAGUCCUCCACCACCUCCCAGAGGACCAGCUCCCCCGAGAGUUCAGUCUCCAUUAGCCGGACCGCCUCGAACUUCUUCUGCGGCGGCCAACCAGUAUGCUCCACCGGCUCCUCCAGCUGGAGCGAUCCCAACCCAUCCAGCCCCCCCAGUUAUGCCACGCACGGCUUCGCCAUAUAAUGUUCCUCCCUCGGGACCUCCACCUUCGAAUAGGUACGCGCCGGCAGUGGCGACCCAACAGCAGCCUGGGCAGUACUCUGGCUCCCCUGUGCCACCGCCUCCCGGCUCAAUCAACCGACCCCCGCCGUCUGCCAAUGCCUAUGCACCACCAGUUCAACAGCAACCAGCAGCUCCCAGUCCGUAUGCUCCAUCACCUUAUGCUCCGUCUCCCUAUGUUCCUGCUCCUGGACAGGUGCCAGCCACUCAGCCGCCACCAACAGGACCUCCGAUGGGUCGACCUGGCCCCCCGCCCAGUGCAGUGUCUGCUCCACCACCUCCCAAACAAACUCCUCCACCUCCGGCGGCAGCAAAGCAUCCUCCUGGAGACCGAUCACAUAUUCCAGCUAACGCUCAACCGUUGGUGGAUAUUCUGAGCCAGGAUAUGCAGCGGGUAGCGUCUAAAGCUCCGGCGACAUUUGCCCCUCAAGUCAAGGAUACGCAGAAGCGUUUGAACAUCUUGUUUGAUCACUUGAACAACGAGGAGCUUAUCCAGCCAUCGACAAUCGAACAGCUAUCGCAGCUCGCCCAAGCAAUUCAGUCUAAGGACUACGCCACAGCUCAAAAGCUGCAGAUGGAAAUUAAUCGUGAUAAGACAGAUGAGUGUGGUAACUGGAUGGUUGGAGUUAAGCGGCUUAUCAGCAUGAGCAAGGCAACUCCUUAA